AUGGACUUAUGCCCGGUGCAAACAGGAAAUAAGGAAAAGAGAAACGAUUCGGAAGAUGAUGAUAACAAAAUUCCUGAUACUGUAUUGUUCAUGGAUCGAAUCUCCCAAUUGCCUGAUCAUCUUAAUCAUAAAAUCCUAUCUUUUCUUAGAGGAAAACAUGUUGCACGUACCUCUGUAUUGUCUAAGACAUGGAACCGAAUCUGGCUCACAUUCCCAGUAUUUGAGUUACGCAUAAACUACGACCAUUACAUUGAGUCCAGUGUACCAGAUCCGGACUCUUACAUUCGAUACCCUGAAGAGUUUCUUUUUCUAGUAGAUAAGUCCCUACAGCGACGCUUCCAACAAAAUCUCGAUGUGUCUGUGUUUAGUCUGUUGAUCUCCUUCCCUAAAUUUGAACCAUUAGCCACUUACAUGGACAGGUGGGUAGGCGUUGCACUCGAAAGGAAUGUCACAAAGCUAGUCUUGGAAGUCUACACCGAUCCUGUUAUAUGGUAUAGGGUGCCUCAGACAGUGCUAUCUUCCAAAUCUCUUACAAUUCUGAAACUGUACAAUUGCAGAUUAGACAACAACUGUGUCAUAAACCUUUCUCAACUUCGUAAGCUGUCUCUAACACAUGUGUGUUUAUUAGACCAAGAUAUGUUUUCAAACCUUGAAUUCAAGUUCCCUCUAAUUGAAGAUCUGGUCAUCAAGAACUGCAAAGGGAUGAACAGAAAUCUUUGGCUAAGUCCUGGUUUGUGUCCGCUGAAGAAUAUUGAAUUGUCCAGUAACAAAGAAAUAAGGAAUAUCGAAAUUGCAGCUACAAAUCUUCAGUCUUUUCUGUGCUUGGGAUGGCGACCACGAGUCAUUAGCUUUGUUGGUUGUGUAGCUCUUGAAAAACUAACACUGGUAGUUGCCAGGAUCACUGAUGAGACAUUUGAAGAUAUUAUAUCUAAACUCCCCAGCCUCGAGGUUUUGCAAGUGAUUUCUUGCGAAUACUUGAAUAGAAUCAGGAUUUCGAGUCAAAAGCUUAAGGAACUGAAUUUGCAAUACUGUGAUCACUUGUCAUUUUUUGAGAUUGACACUCCAAAUCUACUCAAAAUACAGCUAAGGUUUCUUGAUAGAGUGAGAUUCUCUUUGACACAACACACUUUACAUCUUCUCAAAGUUGAUGUAAUUAUCCGGCUUGGAAAUGACGACUUAGACUGGUUUUCCCAAUUGAAAAUCCUUCUUAUGAAGUCAAGUCAAUCUCAGAAUUUUAAAAUUGCAGCCCACGAUGAUGUGCAGAAAAUGCUUAUGGUUCAUGAAAGGUUGAGUGAAUUUCAGCCUUCUCUACUCCAUGGUCUCACUGAUGCAUUAGGCCAAAUAGUGAUAAGCAUAUCAUCAAAGAGCUUUGAAGAUUUUAUACUUGAAGCAUUCUGGUGGGAAGUCAAGAACAUAUCUCUAAUAUGGUCCAGAGAAAAUCCCAAGCAGGUUCUGUUUGAUAUAAUGAAAAUGAGAAACGAGGCAAUUAUUAAACUUGGUCACUUUGAAAUCGAGGACUCUCAAAAGGCAGAAGAUCAAAAUCCACAAGAGAUAGAAGAUAAUAUGCAUCCUGCCUGGAAGUUUGUCUUGAAUUCCCAUUCCACUGCUCUAUACCAAACUUCAACGUAUAGAAUAAGGAAAAAACUCAUUUCAGAAGCAAGUACAUCGGGAAUCACUGGGAAUUAA